AUUGUGGAGCGAAGGUGAUGAAUAAAUAAUGUAUGCAAGAAAAACACCGUUUCGGCGCUGUUUUGUUUUGGCAUGUUUCAUAGUGGUAUAUUGGUAAGUGUAGUUUGAACGGCGAUUAUGUAAUUGUGUGGGAUGCUCCAAAAUGUAGUACUUAAGAAUUUCUGUACUGCUGUUUGAACAGUGUUUAUUCGAAGAAAGUUGUGAUUUAUUUUUAAGAAUGGAGAUUUCUCACGUGUGUUAUUUCUUCCAAAGAUGGAAACCUACCUAUGCCUCUGGAUUGAGUGAAUUUGUUAGUGGUGCUAAGAAAAUGAGUUUAAUUAACUUCCAAUAUUCAUAAAGUACAAAUUUAUAGCAAAAUUUAGAAAAAGAAAGCUUUGUUGCAUGAAUGAUACUUUUAAAAUGUCGCACCAACAGUCAAACCUAAAAUCAUCAAAAGAUUUGGAAACAUUUCAUUCGAAUGAAAAAUGUAAUAUUCCAAAGUCUGAAUCAUUUUCUUCAAAGAACAGCACAAAUCAUGUCACCUUCCAAAGAACCUACAGGGUAUUUUACCUUGGUUAUGCCGUGCUUGACCGUAGAUAUACUCUACCCAUGUUACCAUGGGUAAUAGCCGAAAUAAAAAGACAUGGCUCGGAUAAUGAAGAAGAAAUAGAUAUAGAAGUAACUGAGCAAUCUUUGAAAGCUACAAGUUGUGCGACUAAAAUGCUAAUUUUUGAGCAUAAACUGCAAACGAUAUCCAAGUUUGCUCAGUCUUCUCAAGAUCCCUCCUGUUUCACUUACAUGACUCGUGAGGUGUCAGCAGGCCCAUGUGCAUAUCAUGUGUUUCAAGCCAAUAAUGAAAAGAUAGUGAUCGAAUUAUUUACAGCCAUGCGAGAAAUGAGCAAAGAAAUGCACCACCCUGUCCUGACGAAAACAAGUAGCGGAGUAGCACUUGAGACUAUCAUUCAUGGAUGUCAGCAGUAUGAAGUUCUUUACUUGGGAAGAAUUAAGGUGUCUGGAAAAAGGGCCCCUCCUACCUUCAUUGAUGAUGCUGUUGAAAAAUUUCGUCUCUUCGAAAUGGAAAAAACGAGAAGUCACCAUGGAAUAAGUAAACGACGGCGACAUGGAAGUGGUGCUAGUGUUUCUAGUCUGCCUUACACUUUAGAUGUUCUUGAAAAACCUUAUGAAAAUGGACUACAGAAACAGAUAAAACUUUCAAGCAAGGAGGAUCUAAGCAGCAGUAGUGGAGUAAGCUCUUCUGAAAGCAUUAGUCAGAAAAGCUUGGAUAUUUUGUCAAGUAACCAAGAUACUCAAUCAAUUAAUCAAAUAUACUGUGAUACUGAUCCUGCCGUACAUUCUCCUCAAAAUUCACUGCUUAACUCUGAUCUAGCAUGUACAUUUCCUGUUCAUUCACAGUCAUUAGUGUCUCAUAGUCAGAGUAUGGAUAUUGCCACAGCUGCUCAAAUGCUGACAGAGUUCAAGCAUUCUGAUUUUAAAUGCAGUUUGAUGCCUCCGUCCUCUCUAAUCACUCAUACUCAGAGUUUAGAUGCUCCAGCAUGUGCAGACAUUGUUCGGGACCUUAGAGACAUUGAUCCAGGUGUAAUACUCAGGGACAGAGUACGCUCUUGUAGUGGUGAUAUACCGAGAGCAAAACAGACCUCUCUUCCUACAUUUCACAAUAAAGGAGCUGAAAAUAGUGGAUUCUGUGAUGUUCGGCGACCUCGUGCUUAUACUAGUCCUAAUCCAUCUGACAACCGUCAGUGUAAUCGAACCAUGCUGUUCUUAAUAGGUCGUAUGGAAAUAUGCUUAAUUGGAACAGACAAGAAGCAGAUGCUGAUGUGCAAAACUUUUAACGAUAUUGCACAUUGUUCACAAGGAGUUAAACAUUUAGAUCAUUUUGGUUUUAUAUGCAGAGAAACUACGUUAUCUGGUGCAGACUGUUAUUCAGGUUAUAUCUUCCGAUGCCAGACUGAGAAAGUGGUGGAUGAAAUGAUGCAGACUCUCAAACUAGCAUUUAGCAAAGCUCAUCAAAAUUAUCAAAAACUCUUAGAAAAGAGUAUUCCAGUGCCAAAAGUCUUCAUUUGUGAUUCUUGUCCUAUGCAUUGGUUCCAUAAAUUAUGUUCGGAUGUCGAAGGUUUAUCUCCGGAAGAAGCACAUUUGAUAAUUUUGAGGAGACUUGGGUCUUUGUCCGACAAUGAUAAAGAAGACAUUAUAGUGAAGUUCCAGGAAACUACUAACAAUGGUGAACAAGAGCAAAAUGAAAUCCUGAUGAUGCUGUUAAGAGAACUUUGUGAACAAAAGCAACUAAAACAUACUCAUAAUAACAGUGCACACUUGAAUGGGAAAAACGCUCUCCAUGUCAAGGAAAAAAGUUCUAAAUUGGAAAGAUUGGAUUCUUUUCGCCAGAAAGCUAAGAAAUCUUUAUCGAGUUCCUUUGAAACAUUUUUAAAGCUUACCAAUCGAGAAGAUUUAAAAGAUUCAUCUUCUGGUUUGGGAAACAGAGCUGCAUCUGUUAGUGAGCAACCAUCAAAAGAUUUGGAUACAAGAUCUUACCGAGAAGGUAGUUGUGACAGCAGUCGCUAUCUUUCUGAGAGAACAUCACCAUUAAGUACUCGUCCACGAAGUUCUACCUUUACAUCAUCCCGUGAAGUGAAAUCGCCAUCUUCUAAAAAAAUAAAUAAUAAACAAGAUUCCUCUCAAAAUAAAAGACCGAUUAUGAACAUGUUUAUGAAAGCUAGUACUCCAAUAAAAACACCAUCAACCGGACAAACAGAAUCUAAGGGAUCAUGGAGACAAGCAAUUUUCCAUCGUGUGCAGACUCCUAAUCGGAGCCAAAAUACUCAUGUCAGUAAUGAAGGUCAUUUAAGUCAUGGACUUUUGAGUGAUGGAUCUAAAUUUCAUGUCAAAAAAACGAAAGAAGAAUUGCGAGCUUUAUGGAAGAAAGCUAUACUUGAGCAAAUUUUAUUGAUAAGAAUGGAUAAGGAAAAUAUGAAACUUCAAGUUAAUCAAGAUGCUGUUUGUCAUAAGCGUAUGAAACUUAAUUAUGAAGAAAUUACUCCAUGCAUCAAAACUACUAUUCAAGAGUGGGACGAAAUUCUUAAUGACCCCAAGCGCAAUGAGCGUAUGGAUAAAGGGCGAUUAAUGGAAAUGGUGAAAAAAGGAGUUCCGCGUCACAGGAGAGGAGAAAUUUGGCAGUAUUUAACACAACAAUCUCAAGACGUUUGGUGUGGCUCUAGUAAGGAUCUUCAAUCAAACGAGACAUAUGACGAACUUUUGAAGCAGCUUACAUCUCAUCAACAUUCUAUCUUAAUCGACAUCGGACGGACUUUUCCGAAUCAUCCUUUUUACUCCCAGACGCUGGGGCCUGGCCAGUUAUCGCUGUUCAAUCUCUUGAAAGCAUAUUCCUUGCUCGACAAAGAAGUUGGAUAUUGUCAAGGACUCAGUUUUGUCGCUGGCAUUCUUCUCUUGCAUAUGCCUGAAGAUCAAGCGUUUUCUUUGAUGAAAUACCUUAUGUUCAACUUAGGGCUUCGUAGACAAUACAAAACAGACAUGGUAGCUUUUCAAAUUCAAAUGUAUCAGCUGUCUCGCCUCAUCCACGAUAACUACAGGGAUCUUUAUGAUCAUCUUGAAAAAUUUGAUAUCGCACCUACAUUGUACGCAGCUCCAUGGUUUUUAACUUUGUUUGCUUCUCAGUUUCCAGUAGGAUUUGUAGCUAGACUUUUUGAUUUGAUUUUCCUCUGUGGAAUGGAAGUAAUUUUUAAAGUGUCACUUUUACUUCUUGGCAACUACAAAGAUUGUAUUUUGAAUUGUGACAGCUUCGAAUCAGCAAUGAAUUUUCUCAAAGUCUCGCUGCCUUCUAUCGAAGUUUUCCAAAUGGAAAUUAUUUUUAACCAGGUUUUGAACCUUGAUAUCACCAGACAGUUACAUGCCUAUGAAGUAGAAUAUCAUGUUCUUCUGGAAGAAAUGGUUCACUCUCCAAGUAAGGACUGUGAAGAACUGGAAAAUUUGAGAUCAGCUAAUAAGAAACUCAAGGCACAGAAUAUGGAGCUAAUGGAACAGUUACAGGUUGCUUACUCAAGGAUUCAUAGCCUCGAAACUUCCAACUCCAGCUUGAAAAGUACAGAGAAGCGUUUGGAAGAGAAUAUCGCUUGUUUACUGGAAGAAAAGGAGGACCUUAUCUAUACGUUGAAAAUUAUGAAGAAACGUUUUGAGUCUCGAGAGGUGGCUCGUCUCAAAAGGGAAAGUACUCCGGAAGAAGAAGAGGAGCACCCUCCUCCCUUUGGUGUUGUGUACGCUCUGGCAGGUACGGAGAAAGAAGAGGAUGAGCACUUCAGGGCCUUUAUAAAGAAGUAUUGUCAAGGGAAAGCAGUAGAGAGAGCGGAUGAUAACAAACCAUCAACAAGUGGCGGUAAUGAAUCGUCGACUGGUGGUAUCAAAGCAGAUGCUGAAUCUUCAAAUACUGAAAGUCAAGUCCAUGAUAAAAUACUUAAAAGUGAAGUCGAAGAUGAACUUUUAAGUGAAGUGAAUGUCGAAAACUCCAGUGAAAACGUCAUUGAAGAUACUGCUGAUUUCACUGUUUUGUAAACAAGUUUUGAAAUUAUUAAAUCUUGUUAACAUUUAUAGCAAAUUUAACUCACACAGGAAUAAAUGGUGCUGUUUUAUGGGCACAAAUUAUUUAAAAAACGUUGUUACAUAAGAAGUUUUAAUAAUAUUGUAUACUGCUAAGCAGUGGUUCUGAUCUUUACAUCAAAUACUCGAAAUGAUAAUGUUAUUUAAUAAGUGAACUUUUAAAUUUUACUUAAUUAAAUGUUAUAUAACAAACAUAUAUGUAGCCAAUACUCAUAGGAAGGAUUCCUGUAAAAGUCACUAAUUGUUAUUUUUAAAAUUUUCUUAAUUCUCAGUUUGAUUCUGUAAGUCAUAUAAGCACUCAAUGUUGAUUACAUGUAAAAUUUGUUAAAAGAAAUAAAAUAAAUACUAAUGUAUUCGA